CGCCCGGCGGGGCCUGACUGGCUGUGGGGUGACAGCUUAUCAACACAGUUCUCUCUGAGGAGCCAGAAAGUAGGCAGCUCAUGACUUCUGAUCAGGACACUAAAGUUGUGGCUGAACCGCAGGUGCAGCAAGUACAAGAAGUUAAAGACAGUUCUCAUCUAGAGUCGGCCAAGGUUUCUGAAUUAAAUCCAAAUGCUAAAGUAUGGGGGAAUCACAUGUUACAUCUGGAAGCAAGUGGUGCCACUGAUGGCGGUGUGAACAAAACCUGGGAAGAAAUACCAGAUCACCCACCAGAUUCCUGCAAAGAAGUUUUGUCUGCAGGGUUGGAGGCCAACGGCGAUGGUGACAAAAAGCACCAGAAUGAAUCGCUAACGGAACUGCAAGAACCGUCACUCGCAGUUCCAGCAUCAGACCAAACCGAUAUGAACCCUUUGGCUCUAGAUCAUUCAGAAUAUGAAUCUCUGCACGAAAAUACUCAGACAGGAGAUAAAGAGCAGCUGCAGCCAGAAGGUCAGGAAGACUUGCGAGAGGUGCUUAAAAAAACACUGGAGUUCUGUUUAUCUAGAGAGAAUCUUGCCAGCGACAUGUAUCUUAUCUCUCAGAUGGACAGCGAUCAGUAUGUGCCAAUAAUGACAGUAGCUAACCUCGAUCACGUCAAGAAGCUGAGCACUGAUAUGGAUUUGAUUGUCGAAGUGCUGCGAUCAUUGCCUUUAGUCCAAGUGGACGAGAAGGGUGAAAAAGUCAGGCCAAACCAGAAUCGCUGCAUUGUGAUUUUACGUGAAGUACCCGAAUCCACUCCUAUUGAAGAGGUCGAAGCACUCUUCAAGGGAGAUAACUUGCCUAAGUUCAUCAACUGUGAAUUUGCCUAUAAUGACAACUGGUUUAUUACAUUUGAGUCAGAAGCAGAUGCACAGCAGGCUUACAGAUACCUUAGAGAAGAAGUGAAAACUUUCCAAGGAAAACCAAUUAAGGCGAGAAUAAAAGCAAAGGCGAUAGCUAUAAAUACAUUUUUGCCAAAGAAUGGAUACAGACCUCUGGACAUGAACAUCUACACACAGCAGCGUUACACAACAUCAUUUUACUUACCUCCAGUAUACAGCCCCCAACAGCAGUUCCCACUCUACAGCUUAAUUGCCCCACAGACGUGGUCAACGACACACAGCUAUCUCGAUCCAUCAUUGGUAACACCGUUUCCAAAUACUGGGUUUAUCAAUGGUUUUACAUCUCCUUCUUUCAAGCCUACUGCUUCUCCUCUGACUUCACUCAGACACUAUACUCCCAGAAAUAGAAAUCCCAGCAAAUCACACCUACGGCAUACAAUACCCAGCGCAGACAGAGGACCUGGACUUUUAGAGAGCCCCACCAUAUUCAAUUUUUCUGCGGAUCGCUUAAUCAACGGUGUCCGGAGUCCACAAACAAGGCAGCCAGGUCAAAACAGAACACGGAUGCAAAGCACCUCGAGCUACACUAAGAGGGAAGUAGGGAGCGGCCGGGUAGAACCCACUACUUCGGACUCGUCCCCGAGCUUAGGGCGAGGAAGAAAAAACUCGUACGGCUAUCGGAAGAAGAGAGAAGACAAGUUCACGAGAGGGCAAGCACAGUCUCCUCCCCCUCCAAAGCCUCCAUCUCCGAGCUUUGAACUGGGGCUGUCCAGUUUCCCUCCAUUGCCAGGAGCUGCUGGCAAUCUCAAGACGGAAGACCUCUUUGAAAACAGAUUGUCAAGUGUGGUAGUCGGGACGUCAAAGGAGCGGAACCUCAACGUGGAUGCAAGUACAAACACUGUUCCGUCAGGAAUUCCUCGAGAGCCUUUAUUGCCAGUUUCUUCUUCUUCUUCUCUGCCAGGAGCGUUCGAAAGGUCUCCUUCCCCAUCCCAGCCUCCUGACGACUCCAAACCUAUGGACAAGCCGCAGAGAGAGACACAAAACACGGAAAGACUUUCUUCCACGCUUACUACUGCUUGUAAAUCAGUACAAGUCAACGGGGCUGCCAUAGUAGAACUGCGAAAGCCGAGUUACGCGGAGAUCUGCCAGAGGACAUCGAAGGACCCACCGCCGCCCCCGAAAGAACAGAAGCCAAACACCGCAGCCUGCGGGAAAGACGACCGGAAGCCCGCAGAAAUGCCUGAGCGGAGCAAAGAGGCCCCUCCGGCGAAGCCGAGCCCUGGGCAGCCCAAAGACCAGAGGGGACAGUCGGGGCGCCGGUCACCGCCCCCUCCAGCUGCUGGGAAACGCCUCACGAAAGAACAGAGCACCCCUCCCAAAUCUCCUCAGUGAAACUAGCGCUCGGGAGGGGGGAUUCAAACAGUUCUGCUAUCCAUGAAGUAAACCCACGUG